GUUGAUGUACUGUCGUUUAUGUGAACGGUUGCGCAGCGCACUAUUCUCUCAAUAUAUCCAAACACACUGACCGAAUAUCGACUUCAUUUGGAUAAAAUUCUACGUAUUUUUUUCUUCUUCUAUAUCGUGUGCGUGUGUAUCGUGAUUUCAAAACACAUCAAAUCACAUCUUUUCGAGAGAAAGAGAAAAACAGUCAAAUUAGCAUUGCGUUUUCAGCAACAGAAAAGUUGUGUGAGUUGUGCAUAUUGAGAAGGAGAGAGAGGAAAACGUUGCUAAAAGGCGAUAAUUUUUGUCUAAAUUCACCGAAUUCAGCGAUGAUGAACUAAAGAGGCAAACGAGUUACAUUUUAAGUGUUCGCUAAAAGCAAAAAUUGCAGCAAAUUGCAGCCAAAGUGGAAAUAAAACGAAACAAAAAUCUGUUGAAAAAGGCAAAACGAAAGAGUAAAAGUUCAGGUGUUCACCUUUCAAAACGAAGAGAAAAAAAAUAUUAAAGAUGAUUCAACGAAUUUCGUAAGAUUGACGUGCAGAUGAUCAAAGAGUACUAUCACAUGUAAAUUGUAGCCUAAACACAUAUUCGCCCUCUGAAUUUCACAUCGACCAGAAUUGGAAAGGUUGCAUUGGACAACAACAACAACAACAAAACAAGCGAUAAUAUUUUGAUAAAAAGAAAGAUUGAAACAAAAGAAGGGCACGAAAUUAGCAUUGACAGGCGCGAGUUGAUUUGAUUAGAAAAACAACGUCCGUGUUGGUGAAAUGAGAACAAAUUACAUAUGAGUUCAUUUUAAUUGUUCGAACUAACGAAAUACCAAACAUAUAAUAACAACAAUAGACAGUUGAAAAAACAAAACAACCAAAUUCGACAACACUGACAAGAGAAAAACAAAAUCGUAUUCUGCAUAUCACAGUAGCACCACAAAUAUAUCUUAUAUAUACGUGUUUGAUUAUUGCGAGUUAAACAUACAUGUAAAAAAAGCGAACGCGCUAGCCCAGGUGGUAUUGUUCAACGUAUUUUAUAUGACUCAGCCGAAAUAUUUGUGAGCGAGAACGCGCUUGAAUUGAAACUUGUAAGAGACAAUCGCGACAUUUGUUUCGAUCUCUUUCUCGAUAUACGCCAACACAUAUCCAAUUUGGGUGUUUUUUUUUUUCAUUCGUCCAAAACAUUUGAAUAUUGGACACAUUAACUUGUGGCUACCAAUUUUUUUCUUCCAUCGUUUUUUUUCUUCUUCUGUUUAUUUGUCAUAUUGUCAUUUUGGAUAUUCCGUAGCUGUAGUCGUCAUCGUCGUCGUCGUUGUUGUUAUUUUCGUUUAAUUUAUCGCGAUCACCAUAUAUACGUCAGGUGGGUUUUCUUUCACGCACAUCACAGUAUCUCACAGUUGUAUUUGAUCUCGCAUUCAUAUCGCAUCAAAUUCGGUGUGUAUUUUAUCAUACAACGUCCUUAGCGCAAACACAAAUAGCCACCGUUGCUAAUUAGAAUUGUUGCUACUCGUUUGAAUAUUGUGCACACGAGAGAAAUAGAUAGCACACACAAGAAUAAUAUUCCAAAGAAAUAAAAAAGAGAAAACAAACACAUACAAAGACAGAAUAAACGAAGGCGAACCGUGUUGCCGGAAUACGUCGUUCGUUGUUAGGCAUUCAUAGAUCGAUGAGUGAUGAGCGUUUAGUUUUAAAUGAGUCUGGAUUGUGAACCGAGUGAAUUAACACCGUUACGACGAUCAAAUCACUAUCGAAACAAACAGCAAUCGUCAGAACAAUUGCAAGCAGCAGCAACAGCAGCAGCAGAAGGAGCAGCACCAUCCCCACCAUCAGUACGGACGUCAUCAUCAACUGCAUCAUCAAAUUAUCCAUCGCAAUCGAUCGAUUUCAACGAAUACAUGUCAAUCAAUAAUAAUAAUCAUCAAGUCAUUGGUGGCGGUGGCAGUGAUAGCAGUCGAGGUGAUACAAGCGAACCAAAUUCACAGCAAGCCUUCAAUCCAAAAGCAUUCAUGAUGAGCGACACGAGGCGCGUUUUUGUUCGCAUUACCAUCGAUUUUAUCAUAUUGCUAAGUGUUGGCCUGCCGAUUUUAGCACUAUUCUUAUGGGGCAAUCCAUAUAAACGAGGAUUUUUCUGUGACGAUGAAUCACUUAAGCAUCCAUUCCAUGAGUCAACCGUACGAAGUUGGAUGCUCUACAUUACCGGACUCAUCUUGCCUAUCGGAUUGAUUUGUGCCACCGAAAUCAUUCAGGCGAAAUUGAGUAAGAUACCGGCCAAAAUAAAAUUGCAAGUAUUUGGAUGGAGCAUACCAACAUGGAUCACAAAUGCUUAUCGUCAAAUUGGUAUAUUUGCCUUUGGCGCAGCGCUCAACACAUUGACGACAGACAUUGCUAAAUAUUCGAUUGGACGAUUGCGGCCGCAUUUUUUCAGUGUGUGCCAACCACAAUUGUUGGACGGAACGAAUUGCAGUGAUCCAAGAAAUAUUGGAAAAUACAUUGAAGAAUUCACGUGUCUUGGUGAUUCUGGCGAACGAUUACUCAAAGAAGUGCACCUCUCAUUUCCAAGUGGUCACUCAAGCUUCUCAUGCUACACGAUGCUUUACUGUGCCAUCUAUUUGCAGUCACGCAUGACCUGGCGAGGAUCAAGACUAUUAAAACACUUUUUACAAUAUCUUUUAUUGAUGAUGGCAUGGUUUACAUGCAUGAGCCGCAUUUCUGACUACAAACACCACUGGAGUGACGUUUUGGCUGGCGGUUUGAUUGGUAUCACUGUUGCCACACUCAUUGCAAAUUUCGUAGCUGAAUUGGGUUUUCGGAAUCGGCAGCAUAACAAUUGUGGUGGUACUGUGCGCUAUGAUUUGGGCACCAAUGCACCGACCAACAAUGGAUCAAUCAAUGUUUAAGAAAUUGGAAACUCCGAAAAAAAUCACAUUAUUCACUUAUCAACUGCUUAGAAUGGAAACACAAUUAAAAAAAAAAAAACAUUAAAUAUUCAUAGCUUUAAUUUAUCAAUUUUUGACUGUAUAUGUACAAUUAUGACGCAAUUGAUUUGUGAGAGAGCAUAUGUACCUAUGUGGAUCAUUUGGUUAUAAUAUCGUUUUGGGCAAAUCCAGCAAAUGGUCUUAUUUGGAGAGGUGUCUCUUCGAAAAAAAAAUUUGACAAUUUUUAAAAUCUGUGUAUUUGAAAGAGAAAACAAAAAUUCAACCGCAAUCGAUUGCAUUUUUACUUUCGUAAAACAAUAACAACAAUAUUCACAGUACAAUUUUACUUUUCAAUUCAAUUUAAUUUUAUAUAAAAGAAAAGAAAGCAAGGCUUUUAGCAUUUUAAUUGAUCAUACUUUAGUUCUAAGGAAAAUUGUAUUUUUUUUUCUUCGGAAGUGUAGCAGCUUUAAUUAUUCUUAAAAAGAAAUAUCUGAAAGAAUCGCAUCGAACAGCAAUAAAUAAUAAUUAUGACACAUUAAUAAAGAGACGAGCCCGAUCAA